GGCCAGGCCAGGCCAGGCAGCCGGGCUCCUCCUCCUCCUCCUCCUCCCGCUUUAUCUCACUGAUCGACUCCCUUCAGCCAGGCAGGGUUUCCGCCCGCGGCCCUAUUCGAGGGCUCCUGUCGGGCUGGGCGCCGCCAGGGGAGGAGGAGGAGGAGGAGGAAGAAGAAGAAGAAGAGGCGGCCGCUCCUGCCUCAGGAGGAGGAGGAGGAGGAGGAUCCAUCAUGUCGAGUCUCCACAAGAGCAGGAUUGCAGAAUUUCAGGAGAUCCUUCGUGAGCCCAAGAUUGUGCUUCAGAAGCUCCGCAAACUAUGCUUUAGCGGGAUCCCUUUUGAGGGUGGAUUGCGCUGUCUCUGCUGGAAGAUCCUCUUGAACUACCUCCCUGUGGAGAGCACCUUAUGGAGUUCCCUACUGAAAAAGCAGAGAGAGCUGUAUGCCCAGUUCUUGAAGGAAAUGAUCAUACAGCCUGGGAUCGCCAAAGCCAACCUUGGGGUCUCCAGGGAGGAUGUAACCUUAGAAGACCAUCCACUGAACCCGAAUCCAGACAGCCGGUGGAACACUUACUUCAAAGACAACGAAGUGCUGCUGCAGAUAGACAAGGAUGUCAGGAGGCUCUACCCUGAUAUGGCGUUCUUCCAACGCCCAACCGAAUACCCCUGCCUGUUGAUCCUGGACCCUCAGAAUGAGUUUGAGACCCUUCGCAAGCGAGUGGAGCAGACCACACUCAAGUCGCAGACCGUGGCACGAAACCGGAGCGGCGUUACCAACGUGAGUUCCCCUCAUAAAACAUCUGCGCCUCAUUCACUGAAUGAGUACGAAGUUCUGCCCAAUGGCUGUGAGGCUCACUGGGAAGUGGUGGAGCGAAUCCUGUUCAUCUAUGCUAAGCUGAAUCCAGGGAUAGCCUAUGUCCAAGGGAUGAACGAAAUAGUCGGCCCGCUGUACUACACUUUUGCUACAGACUCCAACAGCGACUGGAAAGAACAUGCAGAAGCGGAUACCUUCUUCUGUUUUACCAACCUCAUGUCUGAGAUCAGGGACAACUUCAUCAAAAGCCUGGAUGACUCUCAGUGCGGCAUCACAUACAAAAUGGAGAAGGUCUACUCCACUUUGAAGGAGAAAGAUAUGGAGCUUUACAUGAAAUUGCAAGAACAGAACAUCAAGCCACAGUUCUUCGCCUUCCGCUGGCUGACGCUGCUGCUGUCCCAGGAGUUUCUGCUGCCAGACGUCAUCCGCAUCUGGGAUUCCCUCUUUGCCGAUGACAGCCGUUUCGACUUCCUGCUGCUAGUCUGCUGCGCCAUGUUGAUGCUCAUUCGAGACCAAUUACUGGAAGGAGAUUUUACUCUGAAUAUGCGGCUUCUACAGGAUUACCCGAUCUCAGACGUCCAUCUGAUUUUGAAGAAGGCAAAAGACCUUCAAGAUUCCAAGUAGUUCCUCGUUCCCCAGGAUUUGUGUUACGUUGAAGAGAGACUGCAUGACAGUUGGGCGGUAUAGAUGGAAACUGCUGAUGCAUCUGUGGAGUGCCUGGCAUUGAGUUCCGGCUGUCUGCCACGGGGAAAAGACUUCUCCUGCUCAAUUAAUUCGUGAAAGGUUGACCUUCUGUUUCGUCAAGCUCUGCGCUCUGGAUUUCUUAGCUCUCAUCUGUUGAAAUGACUCCCAUGUUGAGCGAAAGAUUUUUUUCCCCCCAAGUCUCUAGGUGUGGAGACAUCAAGAGAAAGCUACAUAUUUCUCAGUCUUAUGUGGAAUCAACAGCAGCAAACAGUGUUAUGGGAGUCAGCUCACAGGCGCAACGUGUUCUGGAACAUCCAUGGGAUAGGCCAGGAGCCAGUGGCUUUUGACUGGCUGAGUGGGCAUCUUCUGUCUGAGGAGCUGCAGGAAAUCACGCCCUUGUAAAACAUUUUGAUGCAGAGAUCUUGCUGCCCCUGAGCUUUAGAAGCAGAGGCUGACCAGGACUGGAUUCCCCCAAGCAAAACUGUUGCCCUUUAUUGCCUUUGAUGUAUCUUGUCUUCUGUUUCAUCGUUGGCUCUUCUUGGAAGGCAGUUGUGGGCCAAAUGGAUCUGGACCAGCCUUAUCACUCACUGCCUUAGAGCAAAAAACACCGUACCGUUGAGAAUGUUUGAGCUACCUGUUGCCUGUAGCGUUGGCCCUGUGGAUCACUCACCAGAAUGGCAGCUUUAAAGGGAAGGCCGGAGAUCGGAUUGAUGUAACUAUGUUGUCUUUUAUUUCGAUGCCACACGGAGUGGGCAGAGAAUCAAUCACCUUUUCAAAAAGUUACUCCUGUGCCUCAGAUUUGCAGGGCAUUAGUCCAAGAUUCUUUCAUGUUUUUCUGUUAAGAUGAUGGCCAGGUGACGGUCAUAAAUGCAGAUUCUGUCUCUCCAGAACCUCCUCUUGAGGGCGUUUGGGAGUACAGCCAUCACCUAGAGGGUAGGCCUAGAACCUAGAUUGUACGCUGAGCUUAAAUGGGCUGGUGUUAGAGCUGCUAUGCAGCAUGUGGAUGUCUCAAAACACUAGCACAUAGUAGUACCUCUCCCCCUAAACCCAAAAAGCCUAGGAGAAAUUCUGUGGUGUUUAAAAAACUUCCUUGACAUACACCUGUCAGGGUCCUUGGCAGCCAUUCCACAUCAUUUCUCUUGUUAUCUGUUAAUCGAAGUAAUUUCCAAGAAUCGGUAAAAAGCACUAAAUCUAUUUAUAUAAAGAGCAGGUGUUUUGAGACGAUGACCAUCAGUUUAGAGCAGCCCUGUUUCCUUUUGCCCGACUUCAUUUCUGUGUCAUUGUCUGAGACAGCCUGAACCUUUUAUGUCUUAAUAUGUUGAUCUAAGAGAUCACACCUGUUGUGUCGUCUUCCAGACUUGCUUUCCUGCUUCCAAUGUUUCUCUCCUCGGAUAAAGGUUGGAAAAGCUUAAGGAAAUUAUUGAAGAUCAAGGGCUUGAUUCACACCCUGACCUUGUGCGUGGAGUUAUUGAGAGCUUAGCCUCUGCUCGCUCUGACAAGCCUUCGGCUGCAGACAAGAUGGCAGCUCUUUUCAGAGAGGUGAAGGUUUAAGGAUCAGAGGCACUCUGACGUUUCAGAAAUACUGUUUACCCUGUCAGAAUAGUGGAACAAGAGAAAAUAAUUUCUAUACCAAGGGAAGUGAGACCUCUCUUUGCAGUGUGGGGCAUAGGGAUUUCUAUGUGUCCAGCCACCAAUAGUGGGCUCUGUUACCAAAGCUCUGCUAUUCCUAUGUAGUUAAAAGACACCAAGCGGGGGUUUCUUGGUGGGUUAAAAUCCCUGCAGAUACUGGCUAUCCCUUCAGUUUGUAAGUGUGGAGGGAGUCAGAAUUAACAGUUGUAGCCACAGAGAUUGUCAGCAUGAGUUCUGAAGCAUUUGAUUUAUGGGAGAAACGUUCAGUAGACAGAAUGAUUGAUCAGGAAUGACUUUCUAGAUCUCUAACGGCCUGUUCUUUGUUGAAAGUGCAAAGAGGACCCUUUUUGAGAGAAGUUGGGAGGGCCGGAUGGCUCUCAGCCAGGUGCCUGAAUUUGGAGUUUUCCCUAGGCUGACAAGGCAUGGAGACCAAUCACCCGCCUGCAGACAUUAAUCAGUCUGGAGCUGCCUAUAUUCUGAGAGUGUCAACCGGAGUCUCGGAUAUGUGCCUUAUAUCCUGGAUGCUUUCCCAUGGGAGGAAAAAAUAAAACUUUGCAUCAUGAACACUAGUUUGUAAAGGGGAAUGGCUGUAGCGUAGCACUUUCUCCCUGACGUGCUAGUUCUUUGUCAGGAUGGAGUUUUGUGUAGGGGAGAGCUCUGUGUUGUGAGCCACCACCUGCAGCCUCCAGCGGUACAGCUCAGCCUCUAUUGACAACUAGGUCAGUUGGGAGAGUGUUGGUGCUUCACCUUGUUAUUCUCAGAGUGUGAUGAUACCUACGAGAAAAUGAGCAGCUAGCGAGAUCUCUUGGUGAUCUCAGCAAAGGUAGUGAACCCGUUUCCUCUUUCUGCUGAAAUCCGAUUUCUGCUAGAAAUAUUUCAAGUUCCCGGAUAGGAGAUCCAUGCCCUAUUCCACUUUAUGCUUCUCUUCCACUGCAUUCUUUCAGUUAUUAAAUUCCCUGAAUCAGGGAGAAUUUCCUACUUUGCUUCUAAGUCUGUGGCUGAAGAGUGGAUCUGGUAAAAUCAUGUCAUUAGAACUUUUGCUUUGCACCCCCAAAUUCUGAGAUGCCAUGGCAAAACCUGUUGUAGAAAUGCUUGCGGUGAUGCUCUUGUGCAGGUUGUCUGUGUCGAAGCUCAGUUCCUCCUCAUGGCAUCCCAUUCCAAUUUUGCAGCCAAGUUAUUUGCGACACGGACCUGAGGCUGUGUCCUGGCGAAACGUCAGGGGCCAUAAAUGAAAUGGUCUUUCUGACUUGUUGCACAGCAAGCCUUCAUUCAGAAGACAAUCCUUAACCACAAUAGCUGGAAUGGAUCUCUAAGCGCACAACUCUCAGUAGGAAACAAAACUUACAAACGGGGCCUGCACAGAAGUCAUAUUUGGUUCCAAUCACAAGGCACAGGAACUACUUUGGUGGUUUAAGAAACGUGUGUUUACAGAGAGCAAAGGGAAGGAAAGCGGGCAAAUUCAGAAGAUGGAUUCAGAAGAAACCUUGGCCCCAACUAAAUAGCCGACUCCGACCUUUGAAUGGCUGCUAAGGAGACGAGGAGCAGCUACCAAGAAAGGGUUUCCUCUUCAUUUUGGAUUAGAAAUGUAGGGAAUGACUUGGCCCAGCUGAGUGGAGAGAUUUUUGCACUAGCCCCUUCAGCAUUUGGUUUUGGGUUGAGGACAAAUUCCAGAGGGUGUCUGAAGGCUAAUCGUAUUUCAUUUUAAAAUCUUUGUUCUGUUGGGUAGCUGCUUUGGGUUGGGUUGUGAGAAGCUGGAGGGUGUAUUUUCAACAUUUAGAGACAUCAUUCGAUGACUUUAAUGUCACCAGAAAACGGCAGGGCAAUAAGAGUGGGAAAUGACUAAAUUAUUUGAAUCUGGUCAAGUGGUUUCUAAAAGGAUAUGUUUUAAAUAACAGAAGUGUCUGCUUUUUACUUCAGGAGGCUAUUGUUGGAGUUCUCUAAGCUUGUGAAAGGGUUAGGUUUGUGUGUCCCCCUUCAGAUAUUGCUUUGAGAUUCCCCAUGGGUGUGUUUGUACAGUGGCUUGACACACCUUGUCUCGUGGAAAGACAGAAGCUCAGUUGUGACCAAAAAUGGCCCUCUUCUUGCUGUGGAAUGCUCACUUGUAGGUCUGCUCCCAAAGAACCACUCCCACAGUGGGGCAUUCCACGAGAGAAGGGUAACAGUGCAGUUAAUUUUCUGUCUUUUGAAGACAGACAUAGUCCACUUCAGAUGGGGAAACACUCAGAGCACACAAGCAUUUUUCAUCUGUUUGCAAAUCUUCCUGGCUUUGCUUUGUUUAUGUCUUUUCUUAAAAACCACCAGUGCUAACUAACUGGGACGUAAGAUGCUUUAGUAAUCAUGGCUGAUGUAAAAUCUGACGCAACUCCAGAACUUGCUUUGCUGUGGGAACAGGUGUGGUGAGCAAGCAUUCAAGAAGAACCAAAUUAUUCUUGCCUUCACUGUCCCCUGUUUAGCUAGUAUUGCACAGUGCCUUGUGAAGUUUCUGGCUGGGAAGAGGCCAAAGGCUGACAUUUCUGGGCCUCUUGAUCCACUCGCUUUGCCCUUCCGGCUCUGACAAAACGUGAUCACUGCCGCUGUUACAGACUUUCCCCCCUGCCUUCUCCCCUGGGAGGAGAUGAAAUUUAAACCCAAAGAGAAAGGAGAGUGAAUUUGCUGCCUUCUGAAUCAAGGAAGAAUUACCUUAAAUCUGUUGCUGCCACUGCUGCCCAUCUUUGGCUGGUGGGAACACUUGGACACUGAUACUAGAGCCAUUAAGAUCAGUUGGUACCCGAUAGUCACAGGGUGGGGAAGG